AUGACUACAGACAAAAAUCUGAAAGAAAUCCUUCUAGAUAUACUGGACAAUCUCUCAGGGGAAAAGGAAGGAGAUCUUGAAAGAUUUAAAUUCAGCUUAGAAAAUGCUGACUAUGAAAAAAAAGCACCAAUCCCCAAAGGUCGGCUGCAGGAAGCUGACACUCGGAUGAAACUUGUAGACCUCUUGUGUGAAUACUACAAGGAACAUGAUUCAGUGAAUGUAGCUAUAUCGGUCCUUGAAAGGAUCAAUCUCAGAGAUUCUGCUGAUAAACUCAAGGAGGCAAGAAAGAAAGCUUUGGGUCCUCAGCAAACACCUGAAACAUCAGCAAAUGCUUACAGGAUGAAGUAUAGAGAACAUAUAAAAAACAAAUACAGCGCAAUAAAAGACAUGAACGCUCGUCUUGGUGAGAACGUUAAGCUAAACAGCAGAUACACAAAACUGAUCAUUGUAAAUGAACAUCGUCACAGAAAGCAGAGAGAACAUGAAAUAAUGGCCUUGGGACGGAGACAUGCAGAAAUCAUGGCUGAGCGCGCUAGUCCUAUCACCAUAGCCAAUUUAUUUGACUCUGAUAAAGAUGGACAGUCACCACAAAUUGUCGUGCUGCAGGGAGCUGCAGGGAUUGGAAAAACACUGACAGCAAGAAAGAUCAUGUUGGACUGGGCAAAUGAAGAACUGUAUCAGAGCAGGUUUGAUUAUCUUUUCUACAUAAAUUGCAGGGAAAUAAACUUGGUCAGUGAGCAGGGAAGUGUUGAAGAUUUGAUUUUAAAGAAUUGUCCUGAUCAAAAUGCACCAACUAAAGAGAUUCUGAUGAAUCCAGAAAAACUCCUAUUCAUAAUCGAUGGUUUUGAUGAACUGAGAUUUUCCUUUAAUCAACCAACAGGUAAUCUGUGCUCUGAUCCCUGUAAGAAGCAGCCAGUGGAAAUCAUACUGAGCAGUUUAUUCGGAAAAGAAGUGCUUCACAAAUCGUACUUAAUAAUUACUACAAGACCAACUGCCCUGGAGAAACUUGGCCAGCGUUUGAAAGAUGAACAUUGUGCAUAUGCAGAGAUCUUGGGAUUUUCUGAAAAUGAGAGAAAAGAAUAUUUCUACAAGUUCUUUGGGAAUGAAGAACAAGCAAGAAAAGCCUUUAACUUUGUAAAAGACAAUGAAAUGCUGUUCACCAUGUGCUUUGUCCCCAUUGUGUGUUGGAUCAUCUGUACAGUUCUGAAACAGCAGAUGGAAGCAGGUGAAGAUCUUGCACAAACUUCCGAUACAAUCACUGGUGUCUACAUGCUCUAUCUCUUCAGUUUAUUAGAGGGUCACAGCAGCAAUUCAGAGAAACAACAGGUACAAGGUAACUUGAAGGGACUUUGCUCUUUGGCUGCAGAUGGACUCUGGAGGCAGAAAAUACUGUUUGAAGAAGAAGAUGUCAAGAAACACGGCUUAGAUAAACCUGAUUCCCUCUUUCUGAAUGAGAACAUGUUUCAAAAAGGCAUUGUCUGUGAACGUGUUUACAGCUUCAUUCACUUGAGUUUUCAAGAGUUUUUUGCAGCUUUGUUUUAUGUGUUGGAGAAAGAAGAAACAGCAAAAAAAUCAGAAACCGCUAUACAACCUGUGGAACAAUUGUUUGAAAAGUGUGGAAAAUCUAGGAAUUAUUUAAUGUUAACAGUGCAAUUCCUGUUUGGUCUCUUAAAUAAAAAGAGAAUGGAGAACAUGGAGAAAAAUCUUAGCUGCAAAUUUUCAUCCAAAAUUAAAAAUAAUUUACUAAUGUGGGUUAAAGAAAAACCCUUUUUGUCAUUGUUCAACUAUGAUAAAUUGCUUUCUGAUAAGGAGGAGAUGAUUUUCUAUCUGGAUUAUUUUUACUGUUUGUAUGAAAUUCAAGAAACCAAAUUUGUGCAGAGUGCAAUGAAUCAUUUCACGGAGCUAAAAUUUACUCAUCAUACCUUUACCAAAAUGGAUCAAAUCGUUCUUCAGUUCUGUAUAAAGAAUUGCUGUAAACUGGAGUCCGUUCACAUAGAGAAGUGUAGGUUUCUAACUGAAGACCCGAAUGAAGAUUCCCCAGGGCCACUUCGGUGGGACUUAGGAUUGGAGUGGUGUCAUCUCUCAGACGCUGGCUGCGGGGGUCUCGCCGCUAUUCUCAGAACCACCCAGAGCUUGACAGAGCUGAAACUGCCUGAUAAUAAACUGGGAGAUGCUGGAGUGCGGCUGCUGUGUGAGGGACUGAAACACCCGAACUGCAAACUGCAGACACUGGACUUGUGGAAAUGUCGUCUCACAGGCGCUUGCUGUGGGGAUCUCGGCGCUGUUCUCAGAACCAGUCAGAGCCUGACAGAGCUCAACCUGGGUGGUAAUAAACUGGGAGAUGCCGGAGUGCGGCGGCUGUGCGAGGGACUGAAACACCCGAACUGCAAACUGCAGAGACUGCUAAUGUGGAGCUGCGAUGUCACAGACGCUUGCUGUGGGGAUCUCGCCGCUGUUUUCAGAACCAGCCAGAGCCUGACAGAGCUGGACUUGGGUGCUCAUUAUUCUCUGGGAGAUGCUGGAGUGCGGCGGCUGUGCGAGGGACUGAAACACCCGAACUGCAAACUGGAGAGGCUGAAAUUGUGGAGUUGUCAUCUCACAGAUGCUAGCUACGGGGAUCUCGCCACUGUUCUCAGCACCAGCCAGAGCCUGACAGAGCUGAACUUGAGUCAUAAUAAACUGGUUUCAGUCUCUAAGGUGCCACAAGUUCUUUUUGAUAACAAACUGGGCGAUGCCAGAGUGCAGCUGCUAUGUGAGGGACUGAAACACCCAAACUGCAAACUACAGAAAUUGGAGUUGUGGGACUGUGGUCUCACAGACACUGGCUUCGGGGAUCUCGCUGCUGUUCUCAGAACCAACCAGAGCCUGACAGUGCUCAACCUGGGUGGUAAUAAGCUGGGCGAUGCCGGAGUGCGGCGUCUGUGCGAGGGACUGAAACACCCAAACGGCAAACUGCAGAAAUUGGACUUGAAGGGGUGCAGUGUCACAGCCACAGGCUGCGGGGAUCUCGCCCCUGUUCUCAGAACCAGCCAGAGCCUGACAGAGCUGAAGCUGCGUGGUAAUAAUCUGGGAGAUGCUGGAGUGCGGCUGCUGUGUAAGGGGCUGAAAUACCCAAACUGCAAACUGCAGAUACUGGACUUGCGGUACUGCGGUGUCACAGCCACUGGCUGUGGGGAUCUCGCCCCUGUUCUCAGAACCAGCCAGAGCCUGACAGAGCUGAAGCUGCGUGGUAAUAAUCUGGGAGAUGCUGGAGUGCGGCUGCUGUGUAAGGGGCUGAAAUACCCGAACUGCAAACUGCAGAGACUGUACUUGGGGUACUGCGGUGUCACAGCCGCUGGCUGUGGGGAUCUUGCUCCUGUUCUCAGAACCAGACAGAGCCUGACAGAGCUGAACCUGUGGGGUAAACUGGGAGAUGCCGGAGUGCGGCUGCUGUGUAAGGGGCUAAAACAUCCAAACUGCAAACUACAGAAACUACACUUGACGAAAGGGUAUUUAAGUGAAGAAAUCCAGGCAGAGCUGGAUGCUGUGAAAGACACAAAACCUGACCUGGUCAUAGAGUUACUGGACUGGUGA